AUGGCCGGUGAGGAGGUGGUUGCCUCGCCUGUGAGCGAUGAAGAUGAAGAUAAAUACAUUCAAUCAUACAUACAUAUAAUUAUAAUGAUACGAAGGAAGGUUGAGAACACAGAGGAUAUUGUGUUGGAAGUUGUAUUGCUCUUUGCUGACGUUACAUCGAUUAUUGGAGCAUUCAGUGUAUUGGUAGCCUUUUGGAGGCUGAAACUACUUCGAAACCAUGUCACAAGAGUUAUCUCUUGUUUCUGCAUCACAUCAUUCAUCAAAGACCUCAUUGCAUUCAUCCUGACACUUACCAAAGCAUCCGAAACAAACUCAUUCUCAUGUUAUCUCUACGCAAUCGUCAUUACCUAUGGUAGUCUAAGUUGUUGGCUUUGGACUCUAUGUCUAGCUAUUAGCAUCUAUUUGUUGAUUGUGAAAAGAUAUCAAGAGAUAGAGAAAUUGGAGAAGUACUACUUCUUUGCUUGUUGGGGACUACCCAUAAUCAGUACGGUCACAAUGUUGGCUGAGAACACUGUGGAGUUUGUAGGAAGUUGGUGCUGGAUUGGCACAGAGUACACAGGCUACAGAUUCGGACUCUUCUACGGACCAUUCCUCUUGAUCUUCUUGUUGGCAGCUAUACUGGUCGGCAUGACCUGUCACUACACCUACCAAGUGAUCCACAAGGGUGUCUCGGAGAACAAGGACAAGCAUAUGUCUUACCAGUUCAAGUUGGUUAACUACAUCUUUGUGUUCCUCAUCUGUUGGAUCUUUGCCGUCAUCAACCGUAUCCUCAACUCGUUGGGCAGCUACCCCUACGCCAUCAACCUGCUGCACACCUACUUCAGUGUGUCGCACGGCUUCUACGCCAGUGUGGUGUUUGUCUACAACAACCCUCUGCUGUGGCGUUACAUCGGUGCCAAGGUGUUGAAGGUGUUCACUGUGUUUGGCUUCUGUCUGGAGACUGCGCAGGUGCUGGAGAAGAACAAGAACAACAACAACCCGUCGCCAUACAGCUCGAGCCGCGGCGCCGCCAAGAACUCUGGAAACAACAAUGGCAUGUUCUCUGGCGAAGAGGACGGCGACUGCGCCAACGACAACAUUAAGGUCGGUGCCGACAUCCCCAUGGGUGAGCUGUCGCCGCCUAUGCCCUCAAUCGACAUCGACACGUCCACUGGCACCACCACCACCGACGAGGAUUCGUCGUCGUCGCCGUCCGCUGGCCCGGGCAACGUGUAG